AACAAACCAAUGAUUUCACUGACGGUAAUGAUUACUGAUGGCUGCCAAAAGUUGUUCAAAAUAUUAGCGAAACGUGCAACAUCGUUCAAAUUCUUUUGAAACUAAAUUUCCAAUCCAAAAGUGAUUUUGUGGACUAAUAUGCAACGAUGGGGGUUCGCGGUUUGACGACAUACAUAGCCUCCAAUGCGGAACGCUUCCUGGAGCCGCACGAGCUGCACGACACCGAUCUGGUCAUCGAUGGGGACAACUUGUGCUUCCAACUGUUUGUCCGUUCGGAGGAGCGGAUGGGCGCCUUCGGAGGGAACUACGAUCACUACUUCCGAGCUGUGGUGGAAUUUUUCGAAACGCUCAGAAAGUGUAACGUCCAGCCGUGGGUUCUGCUGGACGGUGGUUACGAGCAGUGCAAGUUGAAGACGGUUCGCAGCCGGAUGUUGGGAAGGAUUCAGUUCGUAAAAAGUGUAAGACCGGGGUCCAAUCGAUUGAUUAUUCCGUUGCUGAUGCGGGAAGUGUUCGUGGAUGCCAUGCACGCGGCCAAAGUUCCCUUCAUGAGGUGCUUGUUCGAGGCGGACAACGAGGUGGCCAUUCUGGCCCGGAAGCUGGACUGUCCGGUGUUAAGCUAUGAUAGCGAUUUCUAUAUCCACAACGUAAAGUAUAUUCCUUAUGUUACGUUGAAUCAUAAGAUCUACCGCAAGGUAAUUGAGAAUGAAGAUAAUUAUAAAAUUGAAGUGUUGAAUAAGAAAGGCGGGAAGAAUCGAUCGAAACGGGUCCUGUUGAAGCAGGGCGAAGGGCCCUUGGAGGAGGAAAAUGUCCGAAGCUCCUAUUGCUAUUUGGAUUGUUCGUUAUAUACUAUUGAGAGUUUGAUCGGAAAGGACGAUCGGCUGAAACCGGAAAUGCUUCCCUUGUUUGCUGCAUUGCUGGGGAACGAUUACAUCGGACGGAAGAUUCUGGCGCGGUUCUACGCCUCGAUGAAGGUCGGUAAGAUCAGUCGUAAGGUUGCGGUCCACCAGCGACGGGUUGUUGCCAUUCUAAAGUGGCUGAAGCAUCACUCGUUACAAUCGGCCACUCGGACCAUCCUAAACCAGGUGCAGGAGAAGCACCGCGAUGGACUCUUACGCCAGCUUGAGGGAGCCAUGUACGGAUACAACUGCGAAGCAUGUAGUGCAUUUGGGUACUUUGGCUUUGAGGAGAGUCACCCCUCGGAGGCGGUGGAUGACGGAGCGGUCAAAUUUCGAGAGUAUCUGGCCAAAAAUGAGGAUGAAGAAAGCGCUGCUGAUGAGUUGGAAGAAUCAGAUGACAACGAGGUGGAGGUGGAUGUUGGAGAAGAAGUUUCGGAAAACGAGGCCAAAUCAGACGAGGAACUUUCUGAAGAAGAAGAAGAAGAAUCUGAGGAACUAGAAAAGGAUACCUCAUCUACGACAGCUAAUACAUUCAUCUGGGAACCAUGGUUGUUGGAAAUUUAUCAAGCUGCGCUAACACCCCGGUUUGUUGUUGACUUAUACCAUUCAAAUUUAUACAUCAAUUACCCUCAGGUGGAAGACAUCAACCAGCCGGAUAGCAACGAACUUUGCUACGAUCUGUUGAGGUUUAUUUUCGUUUUACUCAAAAGUUCCAAGAGAGCCACCACCUUCCGGUACCUGACGAGAUGCGAACGAGUAGCUCAGUUCCGCUGGCUGACAUUUGAGAAAAGAAUCGAAGACGGGGUUAUCUUUGAACCCGACGGAAGAAAAGAUCUUGUGCUACUGAAAGCGGCAUUUACAGAUUUCUCCAACUGCAAAGACAUAUUCAAGGCAAUUUCUCUCCUACCAGUCAAUAUGCAAAUGUUCUUCCUUUGCGUGGUAUUCUGGGCAACGAAACAAACCUCCGUAACUCCAGUGCACGUGCACGCUUUGAUCGUUUGUCUAAUUCAACUGCAAAUGAUAGAUAAGCGCUUGCCAAACAAGUCGCGGGAUGCCAAAGUUUUCCAACAGAAUCAGAAAACCUACUUGGACAACCAGCAAAAAACGUUCCAAAAAACUGAACUACCUCCGCCGGCACAACCGUCCAAAGCGACAUUCAUAAAGCUAUCCACCACGAUUAGCAAACCGGAAGCGAUCCUAACCUACGACCUUCUACUGCCGCAUUUCUCGAUCAACGACCGCCUUCUACGCCGGCACGGCGAACUAGACCGUUCCACGGCCCACAUCUACGCACAGUUCCAAGCCGUCGUCUUGAACAUAUUUACCCUGAACGGUCUGCUAAGUCACCCGCUACAGCCAAUCCGAAUGCACGAGUGCUACAAUGGCUUGUUCGUGCACAAUGUCUACCAAACCCUUAAAUCACGGCAGGACCCCUUGGAGUAUCUUAGGGAGACCGUGUUCCGCUACUCCGGCACCAUGUUCACCAUUCAUCGGAUGUUGUACGAAUGGGUCCUGGCGUUGGUUCCACUGCUGCAAAGGCGCUCUCAGUCGAGGACAAAAUCAGUGACAAUGGUGCCCCAAAAGGUCAAGGAGUUUGUCCAACGGAAAAAGGAACAGACCAAACAGAUGGUUGACAAUGAUUGUUUGCUGAACGCAAAAUCUAGCGAUGACGAGGACACUGAUAAGGACGUCGAGUAUAACGAUCUGAACAACCAGUUCAGUCAACUAAUGCUUUGAUGGGUUACUGAAGGGUGUUCCGGUUCAAAUAAAGUAAACAUAACAUGUUAAAUACAUGGA